AGCUGCUGUUAUAUGACAAAUGAAGGUUGUUCUGCUGUGACUUCAGCUCUGAAAUCAAACCCAUCACACCUGAGAGAACUGAACCUGAGCAGGAAUAAACUAGGAGACUCUGGAGUGAAAAACCUCAGUGAUCUACUGAUGAACACACAAUUCAAGCUGGAGAAACUACAGUUAAGCAACUGUGAAAUGACAGACGAAGGUUGUUCUGCUGUGACUUCAGCUCUGAAAUCAAACCCAUCACACCUGAGAGAACUGAACCUGAGCUGGAAUAAACUAGGAGACUCUGGAGUGAAAAACCUCAGUGAUCUACUGAUGAACACACAAUUCAAGCUGGAGAAACUAGAUUUGUGUGGAUGCAGAAUUACAGAGAAACAGUGUCUCAUCCUGACUUCAGCUCUGAAAUCAAACCCAUCACACCUGAGAGAACUGAACCUGACAGGGAAUAAACUAGGAGACUCUGGAGUGAAAAACCUCAGUGAUCUACUGAUGAACACACAAUUCAAGCUGGAGAAACUAGAUCUGUGGAAUUGCAGUAUUACAGAGAAACAGUGUCUCAUCCUGACUUCAGCUCUGAAAUCAAACCCAUCACACCUGAGAGAACUGGACCUGAGCGGGAAUCAAAUAAAAAACACAGGAGUGAAUCACUUAUGUGACGUACUGAAGGAUUCACACUGUAAACUGGAGAGAUUGAGUCUUUAUGACUGUGGAAUUACAGAUGUUUCUUCUUUAACUCAGUCUUUGACAAACACAAAAGCACUGCAGUUUCUAAAAGAGCUUGAUCUGAGUAAUAAUAUGUUUGGAGACUCAAAGCAGCGGCUCAUUGAUGUGCUACGAGACUCAAACUGUAAACUGAGUGUCUGGUAGUUCAAUUGCAAGAUUUUGGUGAUUGUUUAAUCACCAAAAGAUGAUAAAUGCUGUAUA